AUGGCGUCCGCAGUCGCGGAUCUGGAGGUCGGCCUCCAGGCAAUGCUCAACCUAAAGCCACCAGGCGUUUCCGGAUCUCGCAUCACCAGCCUGACUUCGCUCUGCGUGUCCAACAUCCAGUCCGAAUCGGUUCUCAUCCAAAAGAUCUACACACACUUCAAGAAGGCUCCAGGAACACACAAGUUGGGGGUACUCUACGUCGUAGACUCUGUAACCCGGAAAUGGCUCGAACAGGCCAAGGCUCAGGCACAGGCAAUAAACAGCUCUGCCCAGGAUGGAACCUAUGCCGCUGGUGUCCAUCGAGUGACGGAACUCAUGCCCGUUUUGAUGAAUGACAUUCUGCAAACCGCCCCGGAGGAACAAAAGGAAAAGAUUAAGAAGCUUCUUGAUAUCUGGGAGAAGGGACAGACGUUCCCCAUGCCAAUGAUUGAGUCUUUCAAGGAAAAGCUCAAUGCACCACCACAGAACGAAUCGACGACUCCCCCCGGUAGCCCACCUCCAAGUGUGCUGGCCUCAUUCCAGGGCCACUCGACUGCUCCUCCAGCUGCCCCAGCUCUCCCAGCCCCCAAUGGUUCUUCCAUCCUGGAGGCUCUGGCUAAUAUUGCACGACAAAACACCAGUGCUCCCCCAGCCAGCGCUCCCCUUCCCGCCCCUACGGCAUCGUAUAGUCUGCCGGCUUCUGGGCCGCCGCAGCCAGUAUCAUCGGCUCUUCCGCCCGUGUCGUAUCCCCCGACCUCGCAGCCUGUGAAUGUGCCGUCUCUUCCUUUCGGCCUCCCGCAGAUGCCGGGCCACAGUGCCCUUCCAGGUGUUCUACCUAACAAUGCGAGUAAUCCGGCCAACCCAGUUGGCGGGGCCGUGCCCGGGGCGCCCAUUCCCGGUGCUUCGGCCCCUGGCCUAGGCCUUGAUCCCAACACCCAGCAGCAGAUUCUCUUGAUCAAGGCGCUGGCUGAUCAAGGCGUUCCGUUUGAUAAGAUUCCCGCCCUGAUCCAGAGCAUGACCUCGGGAGCGGCUCCGGGAGCGGCUUCUCCGGGCCAGCAGCAUCUCCCUCUACCCCAGAACUCUCAUGUUCCUGGUCAACCUGCAUGGGGUGGCCCGUUGGGGAAGCCAGAUGAAUCACGUGACCGAGACUAUGCCCAUGUAAGAUCUCCUCCAAGAUAUCAUGGACGAUCUCGAUCAAGAUCUCCAGACCGUGGCUGGGCUGCCCGAGGCUCGCCUCGCAAUGGACGUGAUCGGAUGGAGUAUGGACAUGAGUCGCCCAACCGCGGCCGUCACGAUGACCGACGCGGAGGCGACUACCGCCAGCGAAGCCCUCCCGGACGCCGUGGCCGAAGCCCAAGCCCGCCUCAUGACCAUAGCCAGGGCGAGAAGUGGAUUGAGUUCGAUCCGACUCUUCCAUCUGGACACAUCAAGGUGUACAGUCGAACCCUGUUCGUGGGUGGAGUAAACUGCCCCGAGAGCGAAUUGCGCGGCAUCUUUAGCCGCUUUGGCACCGUGCAAACCUGCAUCGUCAACAAGGAGAAGCGACAUGCCUUUGUCAAGAUGCUCACACGGCGUGAUGCCGAGAGUGCCAAGGAGGGCACCGAGGAGUCAAGAAACCAGACCCUGCUUCUUCGUACUCGCUGGGGUGUUGGUUUUGGUCCCCGAGACUGCAGUGACUACUCGACGGGUAUUAGCAUUAUCCCCAUCCACAAGCUCACCGAGGCCGAUCGCAAGUGGAUGUUGACAGCCCCCUUUGGCGGCAGCGGUGGACGUCCCAUCGAGACAGGCCUGUGCGUGGAGGAGCCCGAUAUUGAGAUUGGAGCGGGUGUUUCGUCCAAGGCCAUCAGCCGACGCAUGCAGACCGACAAGGGCGGUAGCAACGGACCCAAGUCGACCCGCAACCGGGAUGAUGACCCCACCCGAUGGCGCCGGAGCCGAGAGAACGGCGGCAACCAGAACGGCGGCAACCAGAACGGGGCCCACCACCGACGGGACGAUCGCCGGGACGGCCCUAGGGACAACCACCAGGGCAUGUCGGCGGGAUUUCCAUUCGGCAUCGGCACCCUGCCCAACGGCAUGCCCAAUUUCCCGGCGGGCUUUGCAUUCCCUGAUCCCACCUCCGGCAAGUAA